CCGCCGCCGCGAGCUACCAGCAGAAAGCAGCUCGAACGAAAGCGAGCUGCUUGGCCUGCCUGGCCGGCGUGGCGCGGCGGUGCUCGUCAGUCGUUUGCGUCUCCACCAUUGCUUGGGAUGAACUUGGCGAUAAGGAAGGUAUAGCAGCACUGCGCAAAAGGCGAGAUUCGCUGCCUCCCCGGCCAUGCCAUGCCGCACCCAUCUCGGUGUCCGCCCCCGGUGGGCUUGGAAUCUCCCAUCCCUUUCGCUCUACACAAGCCCCACUUCCUCCUCCCCCGCGCCAGCCCCCGCGCACACCAUCUGUUCGACGUAUUGCCGACAUGGGGCUCCCUCGCGCCGGCGCCCUGAUCUUUGGCCUUCUGUGCGUGCUCCAACUGUCGCAUUCGUCAUCGGACAAUGACUUCACCAAGGUCAGGGCGGUGAACCUGGGAGGUUGGCUGGUGGUGGAGGGGUGGAUCAAGCCUUCCUUGUUUGAUGGCAUCCCAAACGGUGACAUGCUGGAUGGCGUGCAGGUGCAGCUCAAGUCUGUUGCUCUCCAGAAAUACGUGAGUGCAGUUGGUGGUGGCGGCGGAAAUGUGGCCGUAGACCAGGAUGCUGCUUCGACAUGGGAGACUUUCAAGCUGUGGAGAGUUUCUGAUAGUGAAUUUCAGUUCCGGUGCUUCAAUGGUCAGUUCUUGACAGCAAGUAAUCAAGAUGUGAUCUCAGCAACUACAGAUUCACCAGGAGAGUCCGAAACAUUUUAUAUUGAACGGAAUAAUACAAUGCUUCAUAUUAAGCUUUCAAGUGGGAGCUAUCUGCAGGUCACAAACAACAGUCAGCUUACUUCAAAUUAUCGUUCCCAACCUGGAUGGGGUGAUGAUAUGGCAACAUUCCAGAUGACAAUAGCUGCCAACAAUUUGCAUGGAGAUUACCAGCUUGCUAAUGGGUAUGGACCUGUGCAGGCAAAAUCGGUCUUGACUGAACACCGAAAGAGCUUUGUUACUGGAAAUGAUUUCUUUCUCCUCUCGCAAAACGGUAUAAAUGCAGUCAGGAUUCCAGUUGGAUGGUGGAUUGCAUAUGAUCCUGAUCCACCCGCUCCAUUUAUCGGUGGCUCCCUUGAGAACCUUGAUAGAGCAUUCUACUGGGCACAGGUUUAUGGCUUGAAGUGCAUCAUCGAUCUUCAUGCGGCUCCUGGAUCUCAAAACGGAAUGGAGCACAGUGCUAGCAGGGAUGGUUCAGUAGGUUGGCCUUCAGAGGUUAACAUACAGAAAACUCUUGAUGUCAUUAAGUUUUUAGCUCGAAGGUAUGCAGACGAUCCCUCGCUUCUAGGUAUUGAGCUUCUGAAUGAGCCUUCUGCAGGAACAGUCCCACUAAACACUCUGGUGUCAUAUUACAAACAAGGCUACAAAAUCGUACGAAGUUACUCGGAGACAGCUUAUGUUAUAUUCUGCCAGAGGAUAGGGAAUGCAGACCCAAUGGAGCUUUAUCAGGCUGACCUUGGUCCAACUAACACUGUUGUUGACUUGCACUACUACAAUCUGUUUGAUCCCUAUUAUGAGAAGCUUAACGCAACAGAGAACAUACGGUUCGUUUAUGAAAAGAGACUGCCUCAAGUGCGGGCCUUGAACGGCGCAAAUGGACCUCUUGUUUUUGUCGGAGAGUGGGUGAAUGAAUGGAAUGUGGCAAACGCUUCACAAAAUCAAUACCGAUCUUAUGGAAAAGCUCAAUUGGAGGUCUUCGGAGAAGCCUCCUUUGGCUGGUCUUAUUGGACAGUAAAGUGCAACAGUGUGCACUGGGAUUAUGAAUGGAACGUAAGGAAUCGGUAUCUUAUUAUUGGGGGGUCGCCAUUGGAAAGAGCAAAUUACAUUAUUCUUGUGGCAGGAUGUCUUGUGCAUCUUUUGUUAUUGACGUUGAUACGAUAAAUACACGGCCAAAAAAUAGUACACAUGUGAAAGGAAGAUUUAUUGUAGUGUCAAAUACGACUCCACAUGUCAAAGACCCAAUCCAAGGGGUCAUUAAACCAUGUCAAUCGAGUGAUAUAUAUUGCUCUAAUGAGAAACAGCAUGUUUAGUGC